AUGCCGUUCCCGGCUGACAUUUGCAGAAACGGACAGGAAAUCUGCUCGGUCGAGGCAGCAUCGGAAAAGGACGUCGACGGCGCCGUCAAGGCGGCUCGGCAGGCAUUCCAGGCACCGGCCUGGCGUGACCUUACCGGCGGUGCCCGCGGCCUCCUCAUGCACAGGCUUGCCGACCUCGUGGAGAAGAACCAAAAGAUCCUGGCGACCAUCGAGACGUGGGACAACGGCAAGCCCUACCUCGUCUCCCUCAACGAGGACGUGCAGGAGGUCAUCGGCUGCGUCCGCUACUACGCCGGCUGGGCCGACAAGAUCCAGGGCCAGACGAUCCCGACGACGAGGCACAAGUUUGCCUACACGCUGAAGCAGCCGGUCGGCGUGUGCGCCCAGAUCAUCCCCUGGAACUAUCCCCUGGCCAUGGCCGCCUGGAAGCUCGGCCCCGCCCUGGCGACGGGCAACACCGUCGUCCUCAAGCCGGCCGAGCAGACGCCCCUCUCCAUCCUCUACCUGGCCGACCUCGUCCGCCAAGCCGGCUUCCCGCCCGGCGUCGUCAACGUCGUCAACGGGUACGGCGGGGAGGCCGGGCGAGCGCUGGCGAGCCACCCCGGCAUCAACAAGAUUGCCUUUACCGGAUCCACGGCCACGGGCAGGGAGAUCAUGAAGGCGGCCGCCACCGGUCUCCGAAACAUCACGCUCGAGACGGGCGGCAAGUCUCCUCUGCUCGUCUUUGCCGACGCCGACCUCGAGCUCGCCGCCAAGUGGGCUUGCGUCGGCAUCAUGAGCAACCAGGGCCAGGUCUGCACGGCCACCUCGCGCCUCCUCGUCCAGUCGUCGGUCGCCGCCAAGUUCCUGCAGCUCUUCCUCGCCCAAGUCAGAAGCUCCGUCAAGAUCGGGGACCCCUUCUCAGAGGAGACGACGCACGGUCCGCAGGUGUCGCGGACGCAGUACGACAAGAUCCUGUCGUUCGUGGAAGGCGCCAAGUCCCAGGGCGCGAAGCUCGAACUCGGCGGACGGUCGGCCCGGAGCGCCAUCGGCAACGGCAAGGGGUACUUUAUCGAGCCGACCGUCUUUUCCGCCGUCAGCGAGGACAUGGACGUCUUUCGCGAGGAGGUCUUUGGGCCUCUCGUCACCGUGACCCCCUUCGAGACGGAGGACGAGGCGGUCCGGCUCGCAAACGACUCCAUCUACGGCCUUGCCGCCGCCGUCUUCAGCCAGAACAUCGAGCGAGCCCACCGAGUGGCCUCGUCGCUCGAGGCCGGCAUGGUGUGGAUCAACUCGUCCAACGACUCGGAGAUACAAGUCCCGUUUGGAGGUGUCAAGCAAAGCGGUGUCGGCCGGGAGCUGGGCGAAGCCGGACUGGCCGCGUACACGGAGACGAAGGCGGUUCAUGUAAACUUGGCGUCGAAACUGUGA